ACACACGCAGCCUAUGGGCGUGAGUUUCCAGCCAGCAGCUCCUCCACCCCGAGCGCAAACUCCCAAAAUAGCUAUGCGACUUCAGGAAGCCUCCGACAAAAAUGGCUGAAGCGGUUUCACCAAUAACUCGACAAGUCGCGAAAGACGAUCGGGAAGACGGGACCCCGUCCGUCGAUAUUCGCCUCGAAGACGUCGAGGAUUGUUUAAUUUACGAUCGGCACGGAGUCUCUGUCCCCUUCAAGAAAUUAUACCAAGACGGGAAAUCGGUCAUAAUUUUCGUGCGGAACUUCCUGUGCUACAGCUGUGAAGAAUAUGUGGAAGAUUUGAGCAAAAUCCCUAAAGAAGCCCUGGAGGACGCUGACAUUCGACUGGUUGUGAUCGGUCAGGCUGCCCACUACCAUAUAGAGCCGUUCUGCUCACUGACGGGGUACCCUUAUGAAAUAUAUGUGGACCCUGAGAGGAGCAUUUAUCAGAAGCUCGGGAUGAAGAGGGAGGAGAAGUUCAAUGACUCAGCCAACCGUAGUCCCCAUGUGAAGUCUGGUAUGUUUAUGGGGCAACUGAAGAGUAUAUGGAGGGCCAUGACCAGCCCCGUAUUUGACUUCCAGGGUGACCUACAUCAGCAAGGUGGAGCUCUCAUUGCAGGACCAGGCCCUCGCGUUCAUUUUUACCAUCGUGACACAAACCGCCUGGACCAUAUGCCCAUUACCUGGCUCCUGCAGCUCGCCGGAGUUCAACAGACUCUGGACUUCAGCGAUAAGCCAAAGAUCAUCGAUGUGUAGCAAGCUGGCUGCCUGGGAGCGUGCUUCGCCCCAGAUCUGUUACUGUCACAUAUGCAGGGAUGCACACGUUUGUAUGAACAUUUGUUUGAACGUGAGUGAAAAAAUGAGUGAUGUGGGUUACAUGACUGCAUGACAGUUUUCUGUUUAAUAUUCUACAUUUUCUACCUUUUUCUAUCAGUGUCAUCAUAUCACUGGGUCUUACGUCGUGUCUGUAAUGAGAUGGUUGUUGGUGAUUAUUUAUGAAUAUUUUAUAACUGAUGCACUGCUGUUAGUAAUUGGCCGUAUCACAGUCUUCUUUUAAUAACCACACUGGUUUAAGAGACCGAAUGAUAUCUCGUUGAUACUGGCCUAUCACAGAUACAUAUCGGUAUCAGUGUCUAUGUUGUCUGAUAAACACUGAUAUGAAAGUCUGCACUUUUUUGGAGAUUAUGGUGCAGAAAAAAGUAUGUGCCUUUUACCAUUUCUUUAGAAUUGUAUCAUUAAGUAAAGCUUCAUAUCAAGGACUUUCUCUGUUUGAAAAAUCGCAGGCAGCAAAGCUGUUAACUGCAACCAAUCGCCCAGAAAAAGAUGCACAAUUUUGGUCUGCAAUGUAUUUUAACUUUUCAGUUACAGAAGAUGUAGAAUUUCUCAUUGGUUAAAGCAAAUAGAUAAGGUGAAUAACUUUCAUUGGUCAAACGGGUCAAAAAAGGUGGGGAGGGACCGUGGUUAAAACUUAGCCCUCCCAUCGCGGGUGCGUGAGCUGGUCCCAUCUCCUUGGCAAAAUGAUACACAAUCCCCUGGAGACAGCGCCCUGUUGAAGAAAAAAGACGUCCCUGUCCUGUCUUCCUGCACAUCUGCACUUGUUUAAGUUUCUCGGCUGACUCCCUAAAGCACACAUCAAUGGUUUUGGGAAAAACAAGUGUUAUCUCUUGACCUUGGGGCCUCCGCUGUGAGUGUGGCUGUGUUCUCUCUCAUAUCCCGGCUUUACUCUCCAAUGUAUUAGCCCCUUAUAAAAAGGACUAAUGCUUUUGACCAACUCAUUUGUCAACAGGAUAUGUACAAUUCUUUUAAUAAUGCAGGUAAUUGGUAACAAAAAAAACCCACAAUCAAUAAUACAGUUCUUUGUAUGAUAGCAAUUAAGUUACAGCGUGUCAGACUAAAUCUGAUUAAUCUGCUAAUUUGUAAUGUAAUUUUCAAGGAUUUCUUUUAACGUAUUGCAUUGUAUUGCCUUUUUCUUGACUUCAAAUAGAACUCCUCUAAUUUCUGGCUAUUUUAAAGGGGCUCCGAUGCUGCUUAUGCUUCUCGCUGCGUUGUUUAUUUUAUCCCGUUGUUUAUCCCGUUCCAUAUCCGCUCCAAUAUGACCAAUAAAGACCAAAGUGAAAAAUGUUCAUUGCUGCAAGUUGUUCCACGGCACCCCUUUAACACUGGCGUGACAGCACAUGUGGUUGUGUGUUAAAGAUGCACUUAAGCCAAGACUCCAUGCACUUUAUUGUAUUUGAUUUGACGUGUCAGAUUCUGUGAAACUGACACCACCAGUAUACAGUGACAGAAUACUGCACAUUUUUCCUGCUUUUAGCCUUUUUUGGGGCAUUUUUUCUUCGUCAGUCGACAUCACAAUGCAUCGUAGAAGAUUGCUUGCAGUGUAUCGCCGCGGAAUCGCUGUAUCACGAUACCAUCGUCAUCUUGGGGCCACAUAUCGCGAUUGCACGGUGUGUAUGACACAAUGAUUCCAACCAUGUGCCAUUAAAUAAGCGUGUUUGCCUUU